AUGUCAGGUUCUAAACGCAAGACAUGUUCGUCGGAGAAAAACUUUGAAGAGGAAUCAGUCGCUUGGAAACCAUUUAUAAAAAUAUUGGAGAAGCCUAAUGUGUCCAACCGCCUUCUCGAAUACUUGUGUAGUUUAAAGCACAAAACCCUUUUAGUCGACGAAAAACAAAAGACACACAGAAAUUGGAUUGCCCACCUCAAUGAAAUCUGGAAAAGACAUCCUUCCUCGCGGAUUCAAAA